CUUUCUUUUCUAUUUUCUUUUCUAUUGUCUGCUUCAGAGCAAACAUAUCCUCUCUUGGCACGGAAUUAAUUGCCUUCCCAGUUUUCUCCCCCAAUGGUCGAUGGCAUUAGCAACGCCGCCGCUUGCGCGCCUCCCUUGCAAACUCACUCUUCUUCCCCUUCACUUUUCGCGCUUUUUGCUCCUGUUGAGUAUCCCGCAGCUUGGAAAAGACGUCCCUCUUCCCUUUCCUCACCAUCAUGUAAUUCUUUUUCCGCUUCUUCUCGGCAUUUGUCAACCCCCCGGCGUGGCCCGCGUGCUCGAAGGUGUUCUUUCCCGACACGAUCUUCAUCAACCGCUCUUCCUUGCUGGCCCUACGCCUCUUUUUAUAGCCUUCCAAGUCUUCUGGCCGCAACAUCCCUCCCUCGCGCCCACCCCCCACCCCUUCC